AUGUUGUCCAAGCUGCUGCUGGCCAUCGCUUCAGCUGCCACCUUGGUGAGCAGUCAAACGAUCGAUCCAAGCUCAGUGCCGCUGUCUACUCGCCAGGUUUGGUGCAACUCCCAAAAGUCUUCAUGUCCUCUUAUCUGCCUCCAAUUCUCCUCCGGGGUCCCCAUCGCGAACAACUGCACAGCUGAAACCCUGACCUACAGCUGUAUCUGCAGCAACAACGUUUCCCCUAAUGCCUCCGAGUACUCUCAGACCCUGCCCUACUACAUCUGCACUGAGGCUGGCACCCAGUGUGUCAAUGCCUGCGAUAACUCGGCCUGCCAGUCUGCCUGUCGCAGCGAUCAUCCUUGUGGAGCCCAGGACCCUCCCCGCGUGAACGUCUCCACCACCACCACCACCAGCUCUGCCGCCGCCACCAGCACAACUCCCGGCAAUAUUCUCACAACCGGUGAGGCAACGGGCGGAGCACCGCGGCCAUACUCGGUCGAAAGGGGCCAUGUGUAUGGGCUCUGUGUUCUGGUCGGUGGGCUCGUGACUGGGUUCGCAGUUUUGCUGUAA